CAUCGUGGGGUUGGCCUGACCUGUCCUCUUCCUUUCCGAUUUCUCUCCGCUGCUGUCGUCCGGCGAGGACCAUGGCCAUGAAGGAGACCAUCCUGCCCAUCAGCGAGGUGUCCGGCCCGUGCCCGUUCCCGGAGGUGGUGGAGCUGAACGUGGGCGGGCAGGUGUACGUGACCAAGCGCUCCACGCUGGUCAGCGUGCCGGACACCACGCUCCACGCCAUGUUCACGCGCUGCCCGGCCCGCGAGCUCCCGCGCGACUCCCGCGGCCGCGUCUUCAUCGACCGCGACGGCUUCCUCUUCCGCUACGUGCUGGACUUCCUGCGCGACCGGCAGCUGGUGCUGCCCGAGCACUUCCCCGAGCGCGAGCGGCUGCAGCGCGAGGCCGAGCACUUCCAGCUGGCCGAGCUCCUGCGUCUGCUGGGCCCGCGCGUCUCCAAGCAGGGCUCCAUGAACGACGAGGGCUGCCAGAGCGACAUCGAGGAGAGCUCGCAGAGCAGCGAGCAGCCCGGACGCAACGCCCUCUCGUCCGCCGCCAACGCCAACGCCAACGCCGUCUCCGCCCCGGGCAAGCGCUCCGGCUUCAUCACCAUCGGGUACCGGGGCUCGUACACCAUGGUGCGGGACAACCAGGCCGACGCCAAGUUCCGGCGCGUGGCGCGCAUCAUGGUGUGCGGGCGCAUCGCCCUGGCCAAGGAGGUGUUCGGCGACACGCUCAACGAGAGCCGGGACCCCGACCGGCCGCCCGAGAAGUACACGUCGCGCUUCUACCUGAAGUUCACCUACCUGGAGCAGGCCUUCGACCGCCUCUCCGAGUCGGGCUUCCAGAUGGUGGCGUGCAACUCCACCGGCACGGCCGCCUUCAUCAACCAGUACAGGGACGAUAAGAUCUGGAGCAGCUACACGGAGUACAUCUUCUUCAGGCCCUCCAUGAAGAACGUCUCAUCGCCAAAGCAGGACAGCGGCGAAGAGCCAAAGUCGGACAAGAUGCCCGACAAGGGCAGCGAGAGCGGCGCCUCGCUCAACGAGCUGUCCACCUCCAGCUCGGAGACGCACUCGGAGGCCACGUCGCCGCAGGACGCCGCGCCGGUGCUGGCCCAGGUGCUGAGUGUGGGCGGCUCGCCCGCUGCCCCCUGCGGCGCCCUGCACUCCGUCUCGCGGCCGCCCAGCACGCUGACCCUCGGCCGGCCGCCCAAGAAGGGCUCGUCCGUGCAGUGGAUGGAGCUGCCCAAGGAGGACCUGCAGGACAAGCGGCGCAACAGCGAGCUCUUCCAGUCCAUGAGCAGCGGCGUGGGGGGCGUGGGGCUGAGGGAGGGCCGCGGCGGGGCGGGUCUGGGCCGCAGGAGGGCCAGCGAGAGACCCAACGCCGAGGAGGACAUGAAGCAGUGCAUCAGGGACUUCAACAACAUCAAGAUCCCACCCCAGUUCCCCGAGCGCAAGAGGCAGUGGCAGUCGGAGCUGCUGCAGAAGUACGGCCUAUAGAACACGGCCUCGGGACUGCAGCCAGGACAGGAAGAGACCUGAAAAAAAACCAGAUGAGAACAAGAGAGAGGAGAACAUUGAUGUCUCCGUGUUCCUCUCGUCUUGUGUUCCAUUUAUGUGACGGACUUUUUUCUUUCUCAUUGUCAUGAUUUUGAACUUUCGUCUGUAGGCACAAGUGACGUUUCGACGCGAUAACCACUUUUUCAAGUUCCUCUGGUCACGGAGUGAGAGUUUUAGAAAGACCGAGGGAAGUACCCUACUUCCAUUUCACUUAUU